UAGUUUUUUAAACAAAUUACCAUAUCCUUUCGAGAAAAGCAUGAAAAAAAAGGUGUCUGUUUUAGAGGAUUGUCUGAAAAUAUGACAACUAAAGAUAAUUCCUUUGAUUUGUUGGUAGUUCCUACCAUCUUAAGGAUAUUUCUAUAUUGCUUGUUUAGAAUUGACUUCAAUGUGCUUAUUCAUCCAGAAAUAUCCAAUCAUAGAAUGGUUUGGGUUGGAAGGGACCUCAAAGCCCAUCCAGUCCCACCAGUGCCAUGGGCAGGGACACCUCCCACUGGAUCAGGGGCUCCAAGCCCCAUCCAACCUGGCCUGGAACCCCUCCAGGGAUGGGGCAGCCCCCACUGCUCUGGACAACCUGUUCCAGGGUCUCACCACUCUCAUGGUGAAGAAAUUCUUCCUAAUGUCCGGUCUAAAUCUGCCCCUCUCCAGUUUAUACCCUUCCCCCUCGUCCUGUCACUGCAAUCCUUUGUGAACAGCCCCUCCCCAGCUUUCCUGGAGCCCCUUUCAGCCCUGGAAGCUGCUCUAAGGUCUCCCCAGAGCCUUCUCUUCUCCAGGCUGAAGGACCCCAACUCUCUCUGCCGGUCAAUGCAAUGUAUUAUGCCUUUCCAUUAAUGCUUAUCUAAAUUAAUGAUUCUAUACUUGAGGUUGGAAACAACAUUUAAAUCAACCUAAAUUAAAAGAUUUCAGAGCACAAAACCUACAAAAAGGAACAGCUCUGGGAAAUCAAUUGUUAUAAACAUUGCCAUGCGUUUUAUUUUUAAAAACCAGGCGAUGCAUUUCAUUAAAACUUCAUCACAAAUGCUCAGUCUCGUUUUUCAGCAGUUUUCCAGCAGAACACAGUUUUACAUUGGUUAAUUGGCGGAGCCUAAGUAAAUAUUUGACAACUCUGCCGUUUUGGAGCCUGGAUUAUUGGUAAUAUUUUGAACAUUAGGCUUGGGAGAGAAAAUAAGAUCUGAGUGUUCUCCUAAUUAUUUAAUGUACUGAAACAUUUACAGUUAUCAAGCAAAUCCGUGGAGUUUCCAGGUACUGCAAAAGGAGAAAGUCAGAGAAAUACAAUGGGAAAAGGGAUAACAUGGACGGCUGAAGAUAUGGAACAUGUUUUGUACCAGGAAUAAACAACAAUUCUUUUUAGCCCAGACUGAAGAGGAUAUGAUGGAAGGCAAUGAAAUCAUGAGAGUUUGGCAAUGCUGUGUCUCCAUUUCCAAGAGCAAACGAUGCGAAUACUCAUGUCUAAGAAAAAUGCUGUCUGUCUUGAAAAUUCCCUUUCUUUCAGGGACUGGGCAGCAGGGAAAACUACUGGCUACAGAAGUAGCUGACUUCAUUACAGAAAUGGAAAAUCCUGAAGUGGCCGUGAGCAGCUGCAGCGCUCCUGAUGAUGAAAAUCUUUACUGCUACAAACGACGCCUGUCACAGCAGGGACUUUUGGAAGACCAGCUUCGAAGGAAGUUAAAGUUCUUCUUUAUGAACCCAUGUGAGAAAUUCUGGGCCCGAGGCAGGAAACCUUGGAAACUUGGGAUUCAGCUACUCAAAAUAGCAAUGGUUACUGUUCAGCUGGUGGUUUUUGGAUUGAGCAAUCAAAUGGUGGUUGCCUUCAAAGAAGAGAACACUGUGGCCUUCAAACAUCUCUUCUUGAAAGGGUACAUGGACAGAAUGGAUGAUACUUAUGCUGUGUACACACAAACAGAUGUCUAUGACCAGAUUUUCUAUGUAAUAAACCAGUACUUACAGCUGCCCAACAUUUCUGUUGGAAACCACGCUUAUGAGAAGAGGGGAGCAGAAGAGACAGCUCUGGCUGUGUGUCAGCAGUUCUACAAGCACGGAACCAUCAGUCCUGGAAAUGACACCUUUGAUAUAGACCCAGAGAUUGUGACUGACUGCUUGUAUGUUGAGCCAAUGUUGCCAUCAGACAACACGACAGUGGGAAAGCACAAUUUGAAUUUCACUCUGGAUUUCCACAGACUGGUGGCGGUGCAGCUUAUGUUCAACCUGAAGGCAAUCAACCUCCAGACUGUUCGUCACCACGAGCUCCCUGACUGUUAUGAUUUCACCCUGACGAUAGUGUUUGAUAACAAAGCACAUAGUGGAAGAAUUAAAAUAAGGCUAGACAACGACAUAGCGAUCAGGGAGUGUAAAGACUGGCAUGUUUCUGGAUCAAUACAGAAGAACACUCAUUACAUGAUGAUCUUCGAUGCUUUUGUUAUAUUGACUUGUGUGGCCUCAUUGAUCCUUUGCACACGAUCAGUGGUUAAAGGAAUUCAGCUCCAAAGGGAAUUUGUAAGCUUUUCCCUAUAUUAUUACAAGAAAGAAGUAUCGUUCAGUGAUCAAAUGGAAUUUGUUAAUGGAUGGUACAUCCUCAUUAUGGUUAGCGAUGUCUUGUCUAUUGUUGGAUCAACCCUAAAGAUGGAGAUACAAGCCAAGAGCCUGACAAGUUAUGAUGUCUGUAGCAUACUCCUCGGAACAUCCACUAUGCUCGUGUGGCUCGGAGUUAUCCGCUACCUAGGCUUCUUUCAGAAGUAUAAUCUUCUCAUCCUAACGCUGCGAGCAGCGUUACCCAACGUGAUGAGGUUCUGCUGUUGCGCUGCUAUGAUCUACCUGGGCUACUGUUUCUGUGGCUGGAUUGUGCUGGGCCCAUACCAUGUGAAGUUUCGCUCUCUGAACAUGGUUUCCGAAUGUCUUUUUUCAUUGAUCAAUGGAGAUGACAUGUUUGCCACCUUUGCAAAAAUGCAGCAGAAAAGUUACUUGGUUUGGCUCUUCAGUAGGAUCUACCUCUACUCCUUCAUCAGUCUGUUCAUCUACAUGGUGCUGAGUCUCUUCAUUGCACUCAUUACAGACACGUAUGAAACUGUCAAGCACUACCAGCAGGAUGGCUUUCCGGAGACAGAGCUUCGGAGAUUUAUAUCGCAGUGCAAAGACUCGCCAAACUCUGGCAGGUAUCGGUUAGAGGAGGAGAGCUCUGUAUCUCUCUUCUGUUGCUGUAAGGGUCCUAGUGGACAUCAUUAACAGAUUGUGGGAGUGUAUCAUGGAGGAUUUAAAGCAGCACACAUUGAAGAACCUGACAGUAGAAUCGGUGGGAAACCUUAUAGCUAAAGCCUGAAUUUGCUUUUCUCAAAAACCGAUGUAGGCCUUGUGGCAGAAGCUUCUGAUAAAUGUACAGCCUUUCGGAAUAGGCCCUCUCACUGCUCGCUCAGGGGCUUGGGGUUUAUUAGAUUUGUUCUAGUGGUUUCCUCACUUGAAUUGCGUUAGAAUGCAAAGGGCAUUAAAAAGCUGUCUGUGUUCAGAGACUUGGCCGUUGUAUGAGUAGACUAGAAUUGGCAGUAACUUUCGAUGAUAAGUGGAAGCAGUGCUGGACAACUGCAACUUUGAAUGCCAACCGGGCCCUUGGUACUGCUAGUAUUAUCCAGCUAGGGCUGACGUGGCACUGCGUGAAUGAGAGCUCACCCUGGAGCCCUCUGCAUUUUGUGUUUAUCUACACUCAUACUAAAAAGAAACUAAACUAUGACAUUUAUCGUAACUUUUUUUUUCUGGAGGCAUCACAGUGAGUCGAUGCACAAGCCAUUCAAAUACAGCUGAGAGCAUAAACUAAAAACCAUAGAAUGACAGAAUGGUUUGGGUUGGAAGGGAACUUAAAGCCUAUCCAGUUCCACCCCCUGCCAUGGGCAGGGACACCUCCCACUGGGAUCAGGGGCUCCAAGCCCCAUCCAGCCUGGCCUUGAACCCCUCCAGGGAUGGGGCAGCCACAACUUCCCUGGGCAACCUGGGCCAGGGCCUCAUUGUGAAGAAUUUCUUCCUAAUGUCUGAUCUAAAUCUUCUCCCUUCCAAUUUAAAGCCAUUCCCCCUCAUGCUAUCACUUCAUGUCCUUGCAAAAGUCCCUCCCAGCUUUCUUGUAGCCUGCUUCAGCACUGGAAGCUGCUCUAAGGUCUCCUUGGAGCCUUCCUUCUCCAGGCUGAACAACCUCAACUCUCUCAGCCUGUCCUCAUAGCACAGGUGCUCCAGCGCUUGGAUUGUCUCAGUGGCCUCCUCUGUGGACCUGUUCCAAAAGUUCCAUCUCCUUCUUAUGUUGGGCAUUCCAGAACUGGACAUAGGGCUCCAGGUGGAGUCUCACAAGAGAGGAGUGGAGUGGCAGAAUCUCCUCCCUUGAUCUGCUGGCCAAGCUGCUUUGGAUGCAGCCCAGGAUAAGGGUUAUUAUGGGUUAAAUGCUGCAUAUUUCUAUAAAUAUAAUAAACUAAAUACUUAUAUAUUCAGAAGCACCACUUAAUGUUAAGUGAUGGUCUCUGCUCAGAGAGGUCAGGGAUGUGCCAGGUCAGAACUGGGGUCUGAGGCAGGAGCUGAGUGGAGAAAUGCAGAUGUUCUCCUGUAUCCAGCCUGGGUCGGAUCAGUUAUAGUCUUCACAUUUGCAGUGAGCUGAUCUUGGGUUUUUAAAGGAAGUCCGAUGAAAGCACUUUCAAAAUAUCUGGGGUUUUUUUAUUUGAAACCUUCCACUGGUACACAAGUAAACCUGAAGUCUAAGUUAAAUACAGAUAUGCUUAAUAGCUGUGUCUCUGAGAGUUGUUCUCUUUCCAUGCUUUGGAAACUGGAUGUUUCCUACUGACCCAAUAACAUGGUACUUUCAGUGGCUGUUUGAAACAUUAGAUCUUAUACAAGUUCAGCUUUGACAACUGACUCUGUAUUCUUUGUUGACUGUGAUAUUGUUUAAUGGAUGCCUUAUUUACUAUAUAUAUUCUACUCAGUCUUUGAGCAGAAUAGAAAACCAAAGGGGAGCCUUAGCGUGGAUAAUUUGCAUUUGUGAGCCACAAUCCUGUAGGUAUGUGCGACAAUGCAUAACGCUGUGCACAAAGGUGGAGGACACUAAACAUGUUCUGUCUGAAUGUUUACACAUUGUAAAUGCGCUACAAUAAACACUUCCA